GGUUGCGCGCAUCACCACCCGGGGCGCUCUGUACCAGCCUCCACCGCCGCAUGGAUAUCAGCUGACGCGUAUUUGUUCGCUGGAACAAUCUGGAAUUCGAAGCUGUUUGUUUAUUUGGGGGGUGUUUUUUUAUUUUUUCGUGAGAAUUUGUGGAUUGUGUCGAGAUGGACGCAACGAGCGCGGACCGAGACGGGCCGGAUGGUGCCGAGAGCCGCGAAAUGAGCGGCGGCGCAUCGCGGCAGCACAUCGUCUGGAGAAACGUCCUUCUCAUGGGUCUGCUUCAUGCCGGCGCGCUGUACUCCGUGUUCCUCGUCCCCAGUGCGCAUCCCUUUACCUGGAUGUGGUCCUAUAUAUGCUUCAUGAUCACAGGCCUUGGGGUUACAGCUGGAGCCCAUCGCUUAUGGAGUCACAGGUCUUACAAAGCUAAAUUGCCUCUAAGGAUCUUUCUGGCAGCUGCAAACUCCAUGGCCUUCCAGAAUGAUAUCUUUGAAUGGUCCAGAGAUCACAGGGCCCAUCACAAGUACUCAGAGACAGAUGCCGACCCUCACAAUGCAAGGCGUGGCUUCUUCUUCUCACAUGUAGGCUGGUUGUUUGUGCCUAAACACAAGGAUGUGAUUGAGAAAGGCAAGCGGCUGGACAUGAGCGAUUUGCUGGCUGACCCUGUUGUUGCAUUCCAGAGGAAAUAUUACAAAAUCUCAGUGGUGAUGAUGUGCUUCUUCCUGCCUACUCUGGUGCCAUGGUACUUCUGGGGUGAAAGCUUGUGGAACUCCUACUUCCUGUCCACUAUCUUGCGCUACACCAUUGCUCUUAAUCUCACCUGGUUAGUGAACAGCGCUGCACAUAUGUACGGCAACCGGCCUUACAACAAGAAUAUCAACCCCAGAGAAAACCGCUUCGUCACCUUUGGAGCUAUCGGUGAAGGUUUCCACAACUUCCAUCACACGUUCCCUUUCGACUAUGCGGCCAGUGAAUUUGGUUUUCGCUACAACCCCACCACGUGUUUCAUCGAUCUCAUGUGCUGGUUUGGCCUCGCCAGCAACCGGAAGAGAGCCACGCCGGAGAUGAUCAUGGCUCGGAAGUUAAGGACAGGUGAUGGGAGCGCUUGAACGCAGCAUAGAGCUCUCAACACCGCUGAUAUUAUAUAUAUCGAAAAGGCAGUGUAAAAAUGGAGUGUUGUGUUCUUUCUUUAACACGUCUUUACAUUUGUCACAGAGCAGUUCAUUAGAAAGGUAACCUUUGUGAUGGCUUAGAUUUAGCUGGAAACUGUGGACUUUUUUUUUUUUUUUUUUGCUUAGUUCAUCCUGAACCCAUUGGUGACCAGUGUGUGCUUUUUUUCCCUAAUUAGGCAAACUGUAACUAUAGCAUUAUCCGAUGUGUCCACUUAUUUUGUAGCAUACAGAAGGUAGGGUCCAUUAAAUGAUAUGUUUACAUUUGCCCAAUAUUACCCAGUGAAAUGAUAAUCGUAUUUUAACUAUAAACCUGCCACGUGCAAGCUUUGCCUUAAA